AUGGCGGUAGCAGACUUCCAAAAUAGAUUAAAUAGAAACGGGUCGAAAGCAACCAAAGAACUGCUAAAUAGGCUCAAGAAGUACCCUCCCACCACGUCGGAAAAAAUCCAUAAUGUCUAUUGUGCCAAAGUAAGGGCAGAAGAGGACGACCUAAAUGGUCUGAUCCAAUGGCUAACAUCUGUCCAAACCAAAACAAGGAGAGAUCGCCGCAACGAUGGUCGAAGGGAUCAUUUAUCCUGUUUCAAUCGAGAAAGGCAUCAGCCCUACAUCCGGCCAUCCAUCCCACCUCCUCCACGACAUGCGAACGUCAUGCCUCGACACACCAUGCCACUCCGAAACGAAAGAGGUAUGCGUCCACUAUUAUCUGCUCAUAACAUUUGUGUUUCUCCUUCAAAAAUAGUGUAUACACUAGAAAAACUCGGCACAAAAGUGCAGUGGCCGCAAAAGAUGAAGUCAUAUGCGAGCACCCGGAGAUUGAACGUUCAGUGUGAAUUCUACCAGGAAAGGGGACACAAGACCGAAGACUGUAUAGGCCUGCGACAGGAAGUGUUAAGAAUGCUAAACCAAGGACACCUGAAAGAACUGCUAAGCAAUCAAGGACGGGUUAACUUCGCUCGUGGACGCGAUCAACCUCAAGGACCCCCAAAACCACCCUCACCAGCUCGGACCAUAAAAAAUAUCAUUGGCGGUAGCGAUGAUAAAGUAAUCAACCAUGUGAAAUUCACCACCACACACAAACUCAAGCGGACAGUCGCUCACAAAUGGUAUGACUACCUCGUAGAUAGUAUCAUAUUCGAUAAGUCGGAUGCCAACGGUUUGUCUUCCCCUUACUAUGAUGCUUUGGUUAUAACUUUACAUAUCACGGAUACCAAUGUAAAUAGAAUAAUGGUGAAUGAUGGAAAUGGCGCGUGUAUUACUUACCCACGAGUCCUCAUACAGAUGAGACUCGAGGAUAAGAUAGUACCACAUUGCAUAACACUAACAGGUUUUAAUAGUGCAGUGCAACGAACCUCUGGAAAGAUAGUGCUGCUCGUUCUAGUAGGGGAAGUCACCCUGGAAAUGAUGUUCCACGUCAUUAACCAUGAAACAACCUAUAACGCUAUCAUAGGACAUCCAUAG